AUGGAGUCACUUUUGUCCCUGGGUAAACGCAAACCACGCAAGAAUGGCCUACAGAGGAAGAGGAGGGUGGGCGCAUGGAACAUGACCCUGGACGAAGAGGACGAAGAACUGAUGCGGUCCUACAGCGGAAAUAAAAUCCGCACCACCAAAUACACCUUUCUGUCUUUCGUCCCCAAGAACCUAUUUGAGCAGUUACACCGAUUCGCUAACGUGUAUUUCGUCUUUCUGAGCGCGUUGAACUUUGUGCCCAUCGUUAACGCCUUUCAGCCUGAGAUCUCUCUCAUCCCCAUUGUCUUGGUGAUGUCUGUUACCGCGGUGAAAGACAUGUGGGAGGAUUAUCGCCGGAGGAAAUCUGACUGGCAGGUCAACGGUCAACUGUGUGAGGUGUAUGAUAGGACACAGCAGCGAUAUGUGAAGCGUCGUUGGGCCGAAGUGUGUGUGGGGGAUUUGGUUCUCCUCGGAUGUAACGAUAUUAUUCCUGCUGACAUGGUGCUGCUGCACUCUUCCGACCCAAAGGGUGUGUGUCACAUUGAGACGGCCAACCUGGACGGAGAGACCAACCUCAAACAGAGACAGGUGGUUCGAGACCUACCUCAACAGGGUCCUGAUUUUAACCCAGAGAACUUCAGCAGUCGUAUCGAAUGUGAAAAUCCCAACAAUGAUCUGAGGCGCUUCAGAGGUUACAUGGAGCACCCCGGUAAAGUGCGUGUGGGUUUACACAAUGAUAACCUGCUGUUGAGAAGCUGUACUGUCAGGAACACAGAGAGAGUGAUUGGCAUCGUGGUCUAUGCAGGUCAUGAGACCAAAGCGAUGCAGAAUAACAGUGGACCGCGGUACAAACGCAGUAAACUGGAGCGCAGACUCAACGUGGAUGUUCUGUGGAGUGUAGCAUUGCUCUUCCUCAUGUGUUUCUCCACGGCUGUGGGUCACGGAAUUUGGUUGAGGGGCCUGAAAGGGGCUGUCUUUCUGAUUCCUGACGACAUAUCUCCGGCUCUCGCUGGCUUUUACAUGUUCUGGACCAUGAUCAUUGUCUUGCAGGUUCUGAUUCCUAUCUCUCUGUAUGUGUCUAUAGAGAUAGUGAAAUUGGGUCAGAUCUAUUUUAUCCAGAAUGAUCUAGAUCUGUAUAACCCACGGUUAGACGCGGGAAUCCAGUGCAGAGCUCUGAAUAUCACGGAGGAUCUCGGUCAGAUCCAGUAUCUCUUUUCGGACAAGACCGGAACCCUUACUGAGAACCGCAUGCUCUUCCGACGCUGCACCGUUGCUGGCGUGGAAUACCCUCACCAUGAAAAUGCUCAAUCUCUGGAGCAGUACGAGGAGCAGUUUGGAGGAGCCGCGGACCACACGCUCACGCUGCGUUCCCGUUCCAGCAGAAAAUCCGUCAGCUGCCGGUCGCUCAGCUGUAACCACAGCUCCGUGUCCCUCAACACGCUCGCUGCCGAAUCCGACUCGAAUUCCUUUGACGACACGCUCCACAGACAAGCACAGGGAGCUUUCAGCAGCACCAUGGAGUGUGCUGUUGUACCAGACCCCCAGUUAGGACAGAAGCUUAAGGUCCUCUCCGCCCCUCUCCUCGGCCGGCUCAAACACGAUGCGACGGAACUCUCGCACAUCGUGGAUUUUUUCCUGGCGUUGGCCGUCUGUAACACUGUAGUGGUGUCUUCCCCCAGCCAGCCAAGACACGUGGUCCAGAUGCCGGUGGCUCGUACCCCGCUGCGUUCCCUGGAGGAGAUGAAAGCCCUGUUACAGAAGGUCAGCCUGCCUCGUUUCGCCCUGUCCCCCUCCCAGAACUCCGACGGUUCACCUGGCUUCACCAAGAGACUGUUUAACCGGGGCCGCUCUGCCACCUACACCCCGAACGCCCCGACCACGCCUGCAGCGCGGGCUCCCACCCCCUCACUCACUCCCACACACACCCCCUCCCCUUGCUCCACUCCCGUCCUCCUGCGGAGCGGGGCCUGGGGCCAGGAGGAGGAGCAGCCUCGGCAGUCCGACGCCGACGACGGACCUGCCGCGGAGGAGGAAGAAAAAGACGACAGCGACGAAGAGGAUAAACUGUUGUACGAGGCAGAGAGCCCAGAUGAGGCCGCCCUGGUCCAGGCGGCACGGGCGUACGGGUGUACCCUUUUGGGGCGUUCUCCCGAGCAGCUUUUGGUGGCCCUCCCGGGCACGGGGCCCCUGUCCGUCCCUCUUCUCCACGUGUUGCCCUUUCACUCCGCCCGGAAGAGGAUGUCUGUGGUGGUGCGUCAUCCGCUCACUGGGCAGGUGGUGGUUUACACCAAAGGAGCAGACAGUGUGAUCAUGGAACUGGUGGGCAGAAAGACAUCAGACGAUCAGAGAGAGAUCAUGGAAAAGACACAGAGACACCUGGACGACUACGCCAAAGAGGGACUGCGUACUUUGUGCAUUGCUAAAAGAGUUCUGGAGGAGGGGGAGUAUGAGGACUGGUUAAAGAGGCAUGUGUUUGCAGAGGCCAGCAUUGAAAACAGGGAGGAGCUUCUGCGAGAAACAGCUCAGAUGCUGGAAACAAAACUCACGUUAUUGGGGGCGACGGGGAUAGUGGACCGGUUGCAGGAGGAUGUUCCUGAGACCAUUGAGGCUCUGCAGCGGGCUGGCAUUAAAGUAUGGGUCCUCACGGGGGACAAACAAGAGACUGCAGUCAACAUUGCCUGUGCCUGCAAACUCCUCAGACCUACAGACCAGCUGCUGACGCUUAACUGUGACAUUAAGGAAGACUGUGAGACUCUUCUCUCUGAGCUGCUGGAACAGAUCGGAGUGAGUGAGAGGAGACACGCGUCUGGUUGUGAGGAUGGCUUGGCAGUGGGGGACAGGGGCGGCUUCAUGUUGGUGAUUGACGGGCGCACGCUGGACUUUGCAUUGGAGGCAGAGCUACAGGGGGCGUUUCUAGAACUUACUGGCUCCUGUCGCUCGGUGAUCUGCUGUCGCUCCACUCCCCUGCAGAAGAGCAAAGUGGUACGGCUUGUCGGAGAGAAACUCGGGGUCAUGACUCUGGCCAUAGGUGAUGGAGCCAAUGAUGUUAGUAUGAUUCAGGUGGCUGAUGUUGGAAUUGGCAUUUCAGGUCAAGAAGGGAUGCAGGCUGUGAUGUCUAGUGAUUUUGCCAUCUCCAGAUUUAAGCACUUGCGGAAGCUGCUCCUGGUUCAUGGUCACUGGUGUUACACACGCUUGGCCAAUAUGAUUCUCUACUUCUUCUACAAGAAUGUUAUGUAUGUGAACCUGUUGUUCUGGUACCAGUUUUUCUGUGGGUUUUCAGGCAGUACCAUGACUAACUCCUGGGUCCUUAUUUUCUUCAACCUGCUCUUCACCUCCGUCCCUCCUCUCAUGUACGGAGUCUUUGACAAAAACGUUUCUGCUCAGACACUCCUCUCUCUGCCCCAACUCUAUAAACAUGGACAAAACUCGAAGGCUUACCUCCCCUCUACCUUCUGGCUGACCAUUCUGGACGCGUUCUACCAGAGUCUGGUUUGCUUCUUCAUCCCAUACUUUGCAUAUGCUGGCUCGGACAUUGGAUUAUUCUCCUUCGGCUCGCCCAUCAACGGCUCCGCCCUCCUCAUUAUCCUCCUUCACCAGAUCAUCGAGAGCCGGACUUUGACAUGGCUACACUUUGCAGUGUUCCUGUGUAGUGCUCUGUUAUAUUACAUCUUCGUCCUGGUGUUCAGCAUUAUAUGUGUAACAUGUAACCACCCCACAAACCCCUACGGCAUCGAGACCAAAGUUAUGUCUGAGCCCCUGUACUACUGUGUGUGUGCAGUCACCACUGUUUUGGCCUUACUACCCAGAAUGCUGUGUCGAGGCCUCUACAACACCCUUUGUCCGUCUGACGUGGUAAAGGCGGGAUUAAUUGACAAACUUCGCCCAGAGGACUACAGUGCGAGUGUGUGUCAAUGGCAGGAGAACUCUGAAGCCAUCUACCACAACCAGAACCCCAGACACCUUGACAAAAACCUAAGUGUGAAUGCAGACAUUCCCACAGACUGCACCCCAGAGACAGGCUCUGUACUAUCCUGA